AAACAUUCUCUCUGUAAAAUGGGAGGCAAAUGAAUGGAGACAGAAUUCUAAUCUUGUCUUGGACAUAGCAACUUGUCUACUGCUGGCUCCACAGCAAAAUACAUCCAGUGCACUGUGAAAUUCAUGGUGAUAGUUAGGACAGCCAGCUAAAGAAACCAUGCCCCCCAAAAGGGAAUGUACAAGUGAAAUCUUAUUCCUGACUCAUCUUGUACUUGGAUCCUUUUUAUUUUUGUUCUGUAGUUGUAAUAACUAUUGAUUCAUUAACUACAUUACAUUGGAUUCAUUACUGAUUGAUUUGGGAUUAUGAAAAUGAAUUGUAUUUUAGAUGGAUCAGAUUGUUGUUCGUAUUUUAUUGCAUUUGAUAAAAAUUUUACAUGACUUAUUUUGGUUUAUUUCAUACUUUGCAAAUUGAUUCAUUCUGAGUUUUGCACAUUGCUGAAAAUAUGGAGCUAACACAGCUCCCCAGUCAGCUCUGAUUGAGAAAAAAAAUAUGACUACUAUUCCAGAAACUUUCAAGUUCAAAUUCCACCUGAAAUUGAGAAAAAUUUUAAUCAAAAUGAAUAAAGGUUAUGAUGCAUUUUAAUCCAGUAUAAUACAAUUUAAGAAAAACUCUGUUUUGAGAAUUUUGUAGUUUAGGAUAGUGGAGGCGCAAUGGCCCAGUGGUUAGAGCAGCGGAUUCACGGUCAUAGGAUCAUGGUUUUGAUUCCCAGACCGGGCGUUGUGAGUGUUUAUUGAGCGAAAACACCUACAGCCUCACGAGGCUCCGGCAGGGGAUGGUGGCGAACCCUGCUGUACUCUUUCACCACAACUUUCUCUCACUCUUUCUUCCUGUUUCUGUUGUGCCUGUAUUUCAAAGGGUCAGCCUUGUCACACUGUCACGCUGAAUAUCCCCGAGAACUAAGUUAAGGGUACACAUGUCUGUGGAGUACUCAGCCACUUGCACGUUAAUUUCACGAGCAGGCUGUUCCGUUGAUCGGAUCAACUGGAACCCUUGUUGUCACAAGUGACGGAGUUCCAACCAACCAACCCACAUCUCCUAUCCAAAGCCACCCAGAACACUUCACGAUUCCCUAACAAUAAAACUAACAACAAAACCACUUCAAUGAUGUUUUCUUCUCCUCCUCCUCUUCUUUUCUGUUGGCAACAACAACAACCUGAAACUGAUGAUUUUAACAUUUUGACUGGUUGCUCUGUGCCUUUGAAGAUAUAGGAUUAACAGGGAAAACAUCUGUCUAAUCUGCUCUAGUAUUGAACAAAAAACAUUAGAUAUAUGACUGAAGAAAUUAUUUUGGUCAGUAGACAUGCCUUUGCUCAUAGUGAUGUCUGAGUUGAAAAUAGGGGAUAAAAUAGCGAGAGACAUAGGUAGAAAAAUAAGAGCUGGUGAGGAGUUGUGUGAGGAAUUAACGGUUCAGUUAGGUACCCAUCAAGGCUUGGUUCUCAACCUUGUCUUCUUUAUAGUUCUUGAAAUUAUAUCAGGAAUUUAAAACCUCACCUAUGCUGCAGACUUAUUCCUUAUAGCAGAGAUUGUGGAAAAUUUAGAGAAGAAAUUCCAUACGUGGAAACAAAAUCUCAGAUCAAUUGUGCUUCAAAUUCUCAUGGAAAUGUUUCAGUAAAUAGAAAUGAAGACAACAUUCUGAUACCAUCAGGGAAAUAGUAGUGUUAUUAGGUUAUGAGGUAGGAAUUCCAUUCAGUGUAAUCUGUUUGUGCAUAAAUGUAGUGCAAUCAAGGAUAUGCUGACAAGUGAAUAAAGACUGUGUGAUAUGCACAGUAGUAGUUAGCAGUCAAAGCACUAGUAAAAUGAAUUGGUUGUAAUGUUCAGAAGGUUUUAUACAAGUAGUUGAUAGUUUCUGUAACUAUCCUGUAGUCUGCAAUGGAAGAAAGAGGUCUGAAAGCAUUGUAACCAGAAUAAGAAUAUAGUGAGGGAAAAUCAGGUAAGUAACAAGAGUAUACUUUCAUCAAGUAUAAAAUACACUGAACUGCAAUGUUAUAUGGUGGUGUGAAAAUAGAAUGUAAGGGAUAUGGGAAAAGUGGAAACAAAAGAUGCAAGCCUGAUCUUGAUGUGUAAUUUUAGUGUGUCAAGAUCAUCAUCAAUAAACUGGGAUUUGUAAAGGAAGAAAUAAUAUAUAAUAUGUUUGUAGUAGUCAAAAAUGUUUGAGGUCAAAGUGUUAAGGAAGUAUUUGUUCUUUUGUGUGAGAAUAUUGAUGUAGGAAUGUUGCAGUAAAAGUUUAGGUACUAACUUAAUUUUUUGCUGCAAUUAGUUUCUGUAAAUAAAUAAAUAUCCAUAACAUUAGCAAAUGCAUUGAAAUUUUUUUUUUUUUUUUUGAGGGUUUGUGUAAUAUUAGUUCUUGGUUGGUAUUUGCUUUAUUGAUCUUCAGUUGAUCAAAUUUAAAGUUGACCGGAGUUAAAUUUCAUCUCUUAACAUCUCAAGAGAGUUCACUUUUCUACCAAUUGUUUCAUUAUAGAGCCCUUGGCCUAAAAAAUAUAAAUAAUCAUUUACAGGGAUUUUUAUUACUGCCAUAAGAGCAAGAAAGCACAAAACAGUAGUGGUAGCUGUGUAGCCCAGGUCUGCUCUGAUUGAGUGGAUUUGUAAUGAAAGGUAUUCAGGUUGUGAACAACCAAUUGAUGUUCUAGUCUGUGUACGUCCAGGAUACACUGUGACAUCUGGUAAAUUAUUCAGUUAUGGAGGUACAGAAACAUAUACAUGUAGGAGAGAAACCAUAUCACUGAUAUCUGUGGUAAAUCUUUUACUAAGGGUAUACUGAGUGUCAAACAUAUUCAUGCAAGAAAGAAACCACUUUGCUGUUAGAUCUGUGGUAAACCAUUCUUCUAAAAUUGUGAUGUCACUAGGCAUAAACGCAUUCAUACAGGACAGAAACCAUAUCACUACAACAUCUGUUGUAAAUCACAGUACUUUAACAUCUUACAAAUGUACUCUUUCAGGAGAGAAGCCAUAUCUCUGGUAAGUCCAUCAUUUGCUGAAAAGCAUUGGUUGCUCACAAAUGUAUUUAGAAAGGAGAGAAACUACAUUGAUAUCAGUGGACGGUCCUCUAUCAAAUAAUUCACCUACUUAGAAACACAUCUACAUUACAUAGCGAUUCGGUGGAGGCGCAAUGGCCCAGUGGUUAGGGCAGCGGACUCGCGGUUUCGAUUCCCAGACCUUGCUUUGUGAGUGUUUAUUGAGCGAAAACACCUAAAGCUCCACGAGGCUCCGGCAGGGGAUGGUGGCGAACCCUGCUGUACUCUUCCACCACAACCAUCUCUUACUUCCUGUUUCUGUUGUGCCUGUAAUUAAAAGGGGCCAGCCUUGUCACGCUGAAUAUCCCCGAGAACUACGUUAAGGGUACACGUGUCUGUGGAGUGCUCAGCCAUUUGCACGUUAAUUUCACGAGCAGGCUGUUCUGUUGAUCGGAUCAACUGGAACCCUCGACGUCGUAAGCGACGGAGUGCCAACAACAACAUAGCGAUUCGACUGAAGUGACUAAUAGAAAUACCAGAUGACAUUGCCAUGAAAGAUACAUCAUCAAUAUAUAUCGUCAUUACAACAAAAGGAAGAUGUUAUACAGAAGAGUUUCAACACACAGUUUCUAUGAAUUUAUCUUUGAGUUACUGAGAGUUGGUUCUUCUGAGCGAGACAUUUCUCUUUAUUCUCUAAAAAGUUUAUGAGAUGGUUUUGCAUUCCAAUUAAAUUUGGACAGAUUUACUAAUGAGUUUGCUACUCUGGAAAUAUUCUUUUCUACUCUAGGCACAAGGCCCGAAAUUUUUGGGGAGAGUCCAGUCAAUUAGAUCGACCCCAGUACACAACUGGUACUUAAUUUAUUGACCCUGAAAGGAUAAAAGGCAAAGUUGAUCUUGGUGGAAUUUGAACUCAGAAUGUAAAGACAGAUGAAAUACCAUAUUUGUUGUGUGAGAAAAAAAAAAAAAUUCAGAAAAAUGAAUUCUGAAGAAUUGCCAAAGGAAGCAGUAAAAUCAUUAUAUCCCUGUAAUAUCUGUCAAAAAACAUUCUCUCUAAAAAGUAGCCUUACUAAACAUAAACGUGUUCACACAGGGGAGAAACCACAUAACUGUGAGACCUGUGGUAAAUCGUUCUCACGAAUACAUACCUUGACUAUUCACAAACGCAUUCACACUGGAGAAAAACCAUAUGAAUGUGAUAUCUGUGGAAAAUCAUUCUCUGUAAGAGGUCACUUAGCUGGUCACAGGCGCAUUCAUACUGGGGAAAAACCAUAUCAUUGUGAUAUCUGUGGCAAAUCAUUCUCUCGAAGUGAUGGCCUAACUAGUCACAUACGUAUUCACACAGGAGAGAAACCAUAUCAGUGUAAUAUUUGUGGUGAGUCAUUCUCUGAAAGGGGUAAUUUAACGAAACACAAAUACAUUCAUACAGGAGAGAAGUCGUAUCACUGUGAUAUCUGUGGGAAAUCGUUCUUUCAAAAAGUUCAUUUCACUUCUCACAAACGUAUUCAUACUGGGGAGAAACCAUAUCACUGUGAUGUCUGUGGCAAAUCAUAUGCUGAUGGAAAUACCUUAAACAAACACAAACUCAUUCACUCAGGAGAGAAACCAUAUCAAUGUGAUGUCUGUGGUAAAUCAUUCACGUAUGGGUGCUCGUUAACUGUUCAUAAGCGUGUUCAUACUGGGGAAAAACCGUAUCACUGCGAUAUUUGUGGUAAAUCUUUCUCUAGAACAAGUCACUUGAAUGUACACAAAAGAGGUGUUCAUGCAAAAGAGAAACCAUAUCACUGUGGUAUCUGUGGUAAAUCGUUCACUAAGGGAAGUGCCCUAACUGCUCAUAUACGUAUUCAUACAGGAGAGAAGCCAUAUCAAUGUGAUGUAUGUGGUAAGUCGUUCACUGAUGGAAGUACAUUAACUGUUCACAAACGUAUUCAUACAGGAGGCAAAACUUACCACUGUGAUAUCUGUGGUAAAUCAUUCUCUCAAAGAACCUACUUGAUUAUGCACCACAGACGUAUUCAUUCAGGUGUGAAGCCAUAUCACUGUGACAUAUGUGCAAAAUCAUUCUCUGUAAUUCGUACCCUAAUCAAUCACAAACGCAUUCAUACUGGAGAAAAUUCGUAUCAGUGUGAUAUCUGUGGAAAAUCAUGCUCUGGAAAAAUACGCUUAACCAGUCACAGACGUAUUCAUACAGGUGAAAAACCAUAUCAUUGUGAUAUCUGUGGUAAGUCCUUCACUGAUGGAGGUGUGUUAACUAGGCACAAACACAUACAUUCAGGAGAGAAGCCAUAUCAUUGUGAUGUCUGUGGUAAAUCAUUCACUUACGGAGGUACAUUAACUCUUCACAAACGUAUUCAUACAGGGGAAAAGCCAUAUCACUGUGAUAUCUGUGGUAAGUCAUUCUCUGCAAGAAGUAAGUUAAAUGAACAUAGAUAUAUACAUACAGGAGAGAAACCAUAUCAUUGUGAUAUCUGUGGUAAAUCAUUUACUGAUGGAAGUGCAUUAACUAAGCACAAACACAUACACACAGGAGAGAAACCAUAUCAUUGCGACAUUUGCGGCAAGUCUUUUGCUGAUGGAAGUGCAGUGACUGUUCACAAACGUGUUCAUACAGGAGAGAAGCCGUAUCACUGUGAUACUUGUGGUAAAUCAUUCAGUUAUAGAGGUACAUUAACAGUUCACAAACGUAUUCAUACAGGGGAAAAACCAUAUCACUGUGAUACUUGUGGUAAAUCAUUCUCGCAAAGUAGUUACUUGACAAUACACAAGAAACGCAUUCAUACAGGAGAGAAAUCAUAUCACUGUGAUAUCUGUGGUAAGUCAUUCUCUCGAGCACGUUCUUUAAAUACUCACAAACAUUCCCAUAGGGGGGAGAAACCAUAUCACUGUACAACCUGUGGUAAAUCAUUCACUGCUGGAAGAGCAUUAACUGCUCACAAGCGUAUUCACACAGGAGAAAGGCCAUAUCAUUGUAGUGUCUGUGGUAAAUCCUUCUCUCAAAGGUAUGGCCUAACUAGGCACAUGCGAAUUCAUACAGGUGAGAAGCCAUAUCACUGUAAUAUCUGUGGUGAAUCGUUCUCUGAAAGAUGUCAUUUAACAAAGCACAAAUACACUCAUACUGGAGAGAAACCAUAUCAUUGUGAUAUCUGUGGAAAAUCAUUCUCUCAGACAGGUCAUUUAACUAGUCAUAAACGUAUUCAUACAGGCGACAAACCGUAUGAGUGUGACAUUUGUGGUAAAACAUUCUCUCAAACAGCUCAUUUAACCAGUCACAGACGUAUUCAUACAGGAGAUAAACCAUAUGAAUGUGAUAUUUGUGGUAAAUCAUUUUUCCAAAAUAGUGAUGUAACUAAGCACAAACGCAUGCAUACAGGAGAAAAACCAUAUCAGUGUAAUAUAUGUGGUAAAUCAUUCUCUGGAAGUAGUAAUUUAACUACUCACAAAUACAUUCAUACGGGAAGAAAACCACAUCGCUGUGAAAUAUGUGGUAAAUCGUUUUCUCAAAAUAGUGAUUUGACAAGACACAAAAAGAUUCAUUCCAAAGGAAAAUAAUAUCACUGAUAUCUGUGAAAAAUCUUUCUUUGUAACGAAGGACUUUCCUGCUAAGAAACAUGAACUGUUUGAAGUGAGUGGUAUAUGAACAGAAACAUCAGCACGCUAAUGUUGCCAGCAACAUAACAGACUCUCUUUUGCUAAUUCCACAAUAAAAUACAUCCAGUACAUAAUUGGUAGAGCAGCCAGCUAUCAAAAACUGUUAUGACCUUAAGUUGUGCACAUUGGGCAUAAGUGUAGUAUUACCCAAAUGGAUAUUUGCAGAAUUAAUAUGCUCACACAGAAUGCACUCCAUAUUAAUCCAAACAUAGUUACGAUAUUAAACUAACACAGUAACCAAUGUGGAUGAUCAACUCUGUCAACUAAUUUCUUUAUUUAAGCACUCAGGCAUUUACACAGAGGGGUGGGGGACAGACAGAACACCACAAUGGGGACAAAAACACAAAAACUAAUGAAAGUGAGAAAAAUGUUAAUAUAAUAAAUGAAGAUGAAAUGGCUGCUUGAGCCCCACUCUCAUGCAGUACCAUUUGAAUGCUUUUA